AUGCCAUAUAUUGCCAUUAACAGCGAAAACAAAACAACCACUUUUGGCAAGCGGUCGAAGCCGCCGGCUCAGUACGACCGUGAGCACCAGGUAGAGCUUUCCUGGCAGCAGGCGACAGCCAAUUUGCCGCUAGCUUCCAAGGCGCUGAAAGAAAACCGUCCGCCCAGCGCCAAUUCGAAUUUGGAAGCCUCGAUGGCCAACAUUUCCAUGGAAGAGUCGGGAAUAGCUGUGCUAAAACAGCGACAGCGACAAUCUCUUCAGCCUCUGGACCAACAGCAGCGUCCAAACACUCCGCUGCGCGCAUCUAGCCGCGCUUCACGUACGGUGUCUGCACAUGUCAAGCAGCCUCAAGUUGGCCCACUAGGUAACGCACAACGCCGGUUAUCUACUCAAAGCACCGUGACGCUGUCAAGCACCUCAUCUCGGGUUUCAUCUUACGACCCAUUGCGUAGUAUGGGUGUAUAUGUCGACCCGGCAGCCGCGGCUAAAACCGAAAUUUUGAACACCCCUCCUCUUCCAAGCAGUCCGGUGCAACUACACGAGCCGUCGCAGCCUCUACAUCACGUUCGGUCACCAUCGUCGUUGUCCCACCGGCCCAUGUCUUCCGUGUCCACGCGCACAAGCAGUACGUCGAGGACUCAAGCUACCGCAGAUAGCCGGACCCCGGGAUCGCGGCGCUCAUUUUUGGGAUUGACGACCAAGUCGUCCACAAGCAGUAUUUCGAACCCCGCUCGCAGGUCCUCUACAAUCCAAGACAUUCGCCGGUCUAUUGUGUCUUUUUCAUCAUCCAGCACUUCGUUGUUCAGGUUUUCUCAGAGCCCUAAAGAGAACAACCGGGUUCAAGGCUCGAUGAUCUCACUACCGACUCCCUCUUUGGUGACCAGAGAGAAAAUGACCAACAAAAUGAAGACUUCGCAGUCGCUGCUUUCUCUCGGGCCGGAUGGAUCCCACGGGCAAAACCAGGAGUUUGCCCAAAGCCAGUUGGACGGCCUUUUGGAGAUCUGCUCUCACUCUUCAGUUCGGCCGUUUGGUGUAUUUGUAGAGGCGGAACUCAAUGAGCACGGGCCCAUUGAGAAGAUCGGUGAAGCCUCAUAUUCCGAAGUUUUUGCUGCUGGUAAACUGGUGUACAAAAUUGUGCCAUUCGGAAGCCUAGACCAAACGCCUGUUCAUGAGCUAAUGCAAGAAAUCCAAAUCAGCAAACUUGUGAAUGCCCAUGAUGGGUUUGCCAAGCUUUUGGCUGCUCAUGUUGUUCAAGGUGAAUACGACGGCACUCUGUUGGAUGCAUGGGACGCGUUUGCAGCAGCGAACAUUUCUGAGAACGCUCGCCCUCGAUACGAAAGCGAUCAAUAUUAUUGUGUUCUCGUUAUGGAGCAUGCAGGCGAGGCUCUGGAAACCUUCCGUCUCCAUAGUGCUCACGAGGCGUUCGAUAUUUUCAAACAAAUCCUAUGGGCACUCACUACUGCCGAGGGUACGAUCGAGUUUGAGCAUCGGGACUUGCAUUGGGGUAAUGUUGUUAUCCAAAGGCUGAGUAGUGGACUCAAGACGAGCAUCAUCGACUUUACCCUGAGUCGGGCCCGCUCCUCCAACCAGCAGGUGUUUUAUACGCGGCUAGACCACCCAGACUUUUUCCGAGGCAAAGGAGACUACCAAUUUGAUAUUUAUCGAUACAUGCAGCGCUUGCUGGUAUCUGAAUCGCCCGACCAGCGGGUUCCGGACUGGUCGUUGUUCGAGCCCCGAACCAAUGUUCUAUGGUUACACUACAUUGUAUUGAAACUUCUUGAUAAGUUGGACCAGAGCCAGGCGGCUCCAAAGCAUAGAUCAGACAAUGUUUACCGCACACGUCUACAAAAUCUUGCUAGCACCCUUGAUAUCAGUAAUAAGCGACGGUUUAGCCCGUUCAAAGUGAAGUCUGCUUUCGAUGUUUUGACGUGGGGCAAAAAACAUGGCUUUUGGUAA